AUGGGGAAUAGCAGAAGUAGGAGAAAAAAUAAAAAUGAACGAGACAAGAUGACUAACGAGGCAACAGAUAAACUCGAAGUGACUGAUAAAAUUAGAGAGACUGACACUCUGGUCGUUGCUGCCAUAGAUUUUGGAACCACCUACACAGGAUACGCUUUUGCCUUCAGAGGAGAUCGUGGAGUAACUGGGCUGCGAACAGCCAAGACUGACCGCAUUCUUCGCGAUGACAGAGUUCCUACAACUGUUUUACUGAACGAAGAUAAAACACUUAAUUCAUUCGGACUAGAUGCAGAACAAUUAUAUUGCGAACUAAGUAUUUCUGAACAAAAGAAAUAUUAUCUUUUUAAAUCUUUUAAAAUGGCACUAUUUAGAGGUGAAAGAUUAACUCGUGAAACUACAAUAUCAGACGUAAGGAAUAAAGAGAUGAGAGCUAUUGAAAUCUUUAGUUUAGUGAUAGAACAUAUAAAAGAAUGUGCAGUAGAACUUAUAAAGGGGUCUCAUGCAGGUCUAUUAGAACCAGACAUAGACUGGGUGAUUACUAUUCCUGCUAUAUGGACGGAUUCAGCGCGGCAAUUUAUGAAAGAGGCUGCAUUGCUGGCGGGUAUACAGGAGGCAAACUUAAGGUUUGUGUUGGAACCAGAAGCAGCCUCUUUGUUUGCAAGAGAGCAGGUACUUCAUUUUGGGUCUGGAUACGCUCGUACAUUACCAGUUGGACAUAAAUAUAUUCUCGCAGAUCUCGGCGGUGGUACAGCAGAUAUUUGCGUUCAUGAAAUACUCGAUGGAGGAAACCUAAGAGAAAUAUAUAGGGCUACAGGUGGUGAACUUGGAGGUACUAGAGUUGAAUUUGAAUUUACACAGUUUUUGAUAAAACUAGUGGGUGCAGUUGUGUAUACCCGUUUUAAGGAAGAAUACACAUCUUGCUACAUUGAUCUGAUGAACGAGUUUGAAAGAAAAAAGAAACUAUUUUCUAGUGCUCAAGAAAAAAUUGUUAUUAAACUGGAACCUGCUUUACUAGACAUUUUAGAGUUGGUAGAAAAGGAAACACUUGAUAAUAUAAUUCCAAGGACAGUUUAUGAAGAUAAACUUUUGUACCGGAAACAGAGAUGUCAGCUAGUGAUUAGCAAGGAAGUAAUGGAACAAUUUUUCAACUCUUCCGUGAACAAAAUAAUAGAGAAACUUACAAAAAUCUUACACGAAUGUGAGCACGACACCAUUGAGACAUUGGUUCUUGUUGGUGGUUAUUCAGAAUCUCCAUUUGUUAGGGAAAGAAUUCAAGAGAAAUGCCCCAUAGCCAGGAUAGUUCUGGAAAACGAUGCUCGACUAGCUGUACUAAAAGGUGCAGUCAUGAUGGGAUUCAAACCUAGAAACAUUAUAGAGAGGAGAGCAAAAUACACUUAUGGAUUUGCAUGCGCAGAGGAGUUCAUUCAAGGUGUUCAUCCAAGGACGCUCCAGUUUGCUCACGAAGGAAAAACAUUUUGUGGUCUAAUUUUCAAAAAGCUCAUUCAAAAAGGCCAGAUUCUAAAAUACGGCCAGAAAUUUACAAUGUCAACUAAUACCCCUAUGGCGAGUCAAAACAAGAAACAUGAAAUUCUCGAAACAUGUCUUUAUAGAUCAACAUGUGAAUCCCCAAAAUAUUGUACUGAAGAUGAAGACUGUGUUUUGGUUGGAAAAAUUAUUAGGAAGCCUACAUCAGAGGGCUGGACCAGCUUUGUGGCUACUGAACAUCAUCUCAUUGUCGGAGAGACGGAGUUAAAGAUAAAAGUGAUUGACCAAAUUACAGGUGUUCAAUACGACGCGUGCCUAGAUUUUCUUUGA